AUGUCAAUGUCAAUGGAGGCGCUACAGAUGGCCAUGGCGGAUGACGUGGACCAAUGGGAUGCCGCGGACGACCCGCAGGGAACCCUCAGCAUGAUGGCCAUGCUCCUGGGCGGCGGGGAUGCGAGUUUGGGCGGCACGAACGACGUUUUCCUGGGCGGCAGUGACUUUCAUUUGGGCGGCGCGAGUGACAUGCUGCUGGGCGGCACGACAUUAGAAGAUCUUUUGAGUGGUGGUACUCACGGCGGUACCCACGGCGGCAAUGGCGGCGGAAUUGGCGGCAGGAAUGGCGGCGACAUGGUGCAUGGCCAAGGCCUGGGUGGACCCGCUAUGGGAUCCGACAACCGCAUUGCCAGCGUCGCCACCCACGGCCAUCUGGACGGAGCUCUUCUUGAGGCUGCUUAUAACGGGACGCAGCCCGUGGGGUAUGAUUAUCACGCCAGUGCUCAUGCCACUCACAAUGAUGGCUUUCUGCCUGCUAGCACCCACGGCGCUUCAGGUGGCCAGUGGGACGAGCAAGUGCGUGAUGCUUCCAUCGCUGCGCACAGCAGCGCCUUUGGUCUUGACUCGUCCGCUGUACUCGGUACAAACAGCCUCGUUGGUACGCACGCGCAUUCCGCUAUUGCUCCCGACCCAACCAACCUGUACAUGCUGCAGCAGCAGCAGCAACACCAGCAGCAGCAACAUCUGCUGCUCCAUUCCGAGCCUCACGCACAGGCUUGGCCGGACCUGAAGCCACCGGCGGAGCUGAAGCCCGAGCGGAGGGCUCUUGUGGUGCAGUCGUGUGACUAUAAGGGGGGCAAGGGCGGAAAUCAAGGCGCCCGGUUGCUACAGAUGCCGCCCGGGUUGCGCCUUGCACCGCCCGUAGUACCUGCGCUUGCCGCUGCUGCGACCACAACCAAUGCCGCAGCUUUGGGGAACGCGCUUGACUCUGCUGCUUCUGCUGCUGCUGGCUCGAAUGUGAACGCAAGUGCGCGCAUGCUUCUCCCGCGGGCAAGCACGGCGCCUGCGAAUGCUGCGCCUCUGGGGAGUGCAGCAACGGCGGAGGUGGCAGUGGGGAACGAACCCUUUCCUGACAACGCCAGCGGUGCCAUGGCGUGCGGCAUGUGGCGCAGCCACAGCAGCAGCAGCCAGAGCAGGCCGGUGGCCGUUUGGGCGAGCAAGGGCGGAGGAGCGGGCGUGAGUGCCGUGGCUGAGGUGGGAGAGGUGCCCGCUACUGGCUUGCUGCAUGGCCCGGGGGAGGGUCAGGGACUAGAAGGCGUUGCUACUGCCUUUGGUUCUCCUGCUGCUGCUGCUGGUGGUGCUGCUGCUGCUGCUGCUGCUGGCAGUGGUGGUGAGAGUGCAGCACGGGCCGGAAUGCGCAAGAGUCGCAGCAGCAGCAGCGCCAGGCCGCGUGUCACUCAACUGGGCGCACGGGGAGGCAGCAAGCGAGCAACAGCAGCAGCAACCGGCACCGGCAUGAGCCGAAGCCGCAGCAGCCAUGUGCUGCUCACCACUCCUGCUGAUGCCUCCACGCCUGCCGCCUCCUCUCCUGCCCCUGCCGCUCCUGCUCCUCCUUCCCACUCUCCUCCUCUUCCUGCUGCUGCGGCGGCCGCUGCUGUUCCCAGCAUUGGUGGAGUGCUGAAUACUGGCGAGGCAGGCCCCGGCUCACCAGAGUCGGAUCUCCCGGCCUUCCAGCGGGAGAACCAGGCCUUGGCUCUGGCGCUGCUGCGGGACGCUGACCUCUGCUUCUCGCCUCCUUCCCAAACUGCUGCUUCUGCUGGUGGUGCUGUUGGUGGUGCUGCUACUGGUACAGCCGCUGCUGUUGGUGUUGUGGAUCCUGCUGCGUGCUCCUACGACGUCAGCGGAAGCAUGAGCGGAGGCGGGGCGGCAGGCGCCGGAAUGAGCAGCUGCAGCCUGGGCGGCACGACCAGCAUGGGCGGCGGCUCAAGCAUGGGCGGGGCGGCGACGGGCGGCGACAGCAGCGACCCAGAGGAUCGGGGGUUGGCAAAGGGCACGUGGUUACCGGAGGAGGACGGGGUGCUGAUGGAGUAUGUGCGCUGCCACGGCCCGCGCAACUGGGGCGCGCUCAGAGCCCGAGGGCUGCUGCGAAGGUCAGGGAAGAGCUGCCGCCUGCGAUGGGUCAACCAACUCAAACCCGGCUUACAGAGGUACGGCGGCAAAGGGUGCAAGCGAUUCAGUGAAGCAGAAGCAAGCGUGGUGUUGGCGCUGCAGCGGGCGGUGGGCAACAAGUGGGCGCACAUCGCGCGCCACCUGCCCGGGCGCACCGACAACGAUGUGAAGAACUUCUGGAACCUGCACCUCAAGCGACAGGCCCGGCUGCGCGCACGUGGGGGAGGGGCCCGGCUUGGUGGGGACGGGGAUGAGGGGGAGCGGGACGGGGGGGAUCAGGAUAACCAGGCUGGUGGUAACCACACCGUUGGUAACCAGAGCGGUGGAGACCGGAAGGGUGAUAAGCAGGCUGCUGGUGAUGGUGGUGAUGGGGGUGAUCGGGGCAGCGACAGCAGCACAAGCAGUGGCAGCCCAAGGGGUGAGGCUGGGAUGGCAGCGAGUGAGGGUGGGGCUCCUGGGGAUUAUAAGCCGAAUGACAUAGCAGGUACUCAUGACAUGACAUGUGUGACUGUCAGGCCCCUUCCUCCUGCUCUCCCUGCGCCUGCUACCACUGCCCCUGGUGCUGCUGCUGGUGCUGCUACUCAUGCCUCUGCUACCGGCGCCGAUGCAGCAGCAAUCAGCAAUGAGGAGAAUGGAAGCAAGAACGCAAACAAGGACACGACCACCAAUGCUCCCACUCCCGCUGCCACAGAAGCAGGACCCGCGCCCGCCCCUGCUCUCCCCGUCCCCUCCUCCCUGCCGCCCCACAUGCACCAACACGCCAAGCCACUCCUCCCACGCGCCCGCCCUUCUUCGUCCUCCGGGCGGCCUCUGUCGGCCGGCAGCCGCCCGUCGUCCUCGUCCGGGCGGCAGUCAAAGCUAUCUUUACACCAGAGGCGCCUGCAGCGGAACUCCUCUGGUGGAGGGGGGAGCGGUCUUGGCUCUACUGGGGGUGGGGGUGGCGGGGGCUGUUCGCGCAAUGGCAAUGGCAACGGGGUUGACAGCAUGACCGGCACUGCCGCUGCUGCUGCUGGUGCGACGGGGAGUGGCGAUGAGGAGCGGGCAGCAGGGGGGACCAGGGAGGCCGGAGGGGAAGCUGGAGAAGAAGCUAUGGACGUGGCGGGCGCUGGGAGCAGCCUCUCUGCUCUCAAGAUAGGCGAGCCCAACGCGCAGCUGAACACGCUGAUCAACCUAGAGGACUGGAUCAACUCCCCCUCACCCGUCGCCGCUCCCCCUCGCCGCACGGCCUGCUCGCCUUUCCCCACUCACACGCCCUCUCUCCCCCUUCCCUGCCCCUCUUUGUCCGCUGCAGGCGAGCCCAACGCACAGCUGAACACGCUCAUCAACCUAGAGGACUGGAUCAACCCCCCUUCACCCGUCCCCAACGCGCAGCUGAUCACGCUGAUCAACCUAGAGGACUGGAUCAACUCUCCUUCACCCGCUGCUGCCGCUCCCCCUCGCCGCACGGGCUGCUCGCCCUUCUACAUCAACCUCUCCCCCUCCGCCCGCCGCCUCCGCUCCCCCGGCUCCCCCUCCCCGCGCUCCCUCUACCUCCGCUCCCCCUCCCCCCGCGCCCUCGCCUCCCCCCGCGCCCUCCCCUCCCCCCGCCACCGCGCCUCCCCAGCCCACCGGGUCUUCCCCCACCCUCCCCCCCACCCCUCGAGGGCCAUCCCCUCUCUCCUCCUCGUCUCCCCGCCCCCCCUCGCGGCCUCGGCACCCGUUCUCCUCCUCCUCCUUCUCGCCCUCUCACCCCACCGGCCAUCGUUCACUGGGAAAGCACGCGGUGAGGAAAGGGAGGAAGGUGAUCGUGUGAAGCAGCAGGGGCAGGAAGGCAGUGAGGAGGAAAGGCAGGCGCAACAGAGAAGUCAGGAGGCAGAAGAAACGCAGGAUCAGGAGAAUGAGGCUGGCAGAAUGCAAACAGCAGUGGCAGAGGUUCGGCAGAUAUCCAGCCUGGCCAGUUACAGGGUGCCACGUGGCAAGGGGCUGCUGCAGCUUCCCAAACAGAACAAACCAGCUGGACAAGGUGGCUCACUGGCCUCUGCCCAGGAGCCACGUCAGCAGGAUUCUCUUCCAGGUCAGGGAGAAUUCCUGCCAGGUCAGCAGCUUCAGCCCAUUCAGAUGGAAUCUAGCGGGCACAAUCCCAUUGUUCACGAACCCGCAGGAAACCCUGUUGCCGAGCCUCUUGCCGAGCCUACUGCCGAGCCUGCCUCUGGAGGCAUGGGCAACCGUGAGAAGAGGGAGCGGAGUGUGUGUCGAAGUAUGAGCAUGGAGAGCAGUGUGCGAAGGAGCCAGCACCAGCAGGGCAGGAAGGGCUCUGGUGCUGCUGCCAGUGCCUCGCUACAAGCCGCUCCAAAAGAAGACGUGCUGGUUCCUUCAGUGCACCUGCAGCAGAAACUGCAAGAUUACCAAGAGGCUCUGCAGUAUCAUGAUCAGCAGCACCUUCACCAGCAUCCCAAUCAGCAGCUGCAUCAGCAGCUUACUCAGCAUGAGCAUGGGCAUGGGCAUGGGCAUGGGCAACAGCUGGUUCAUGGACCUGGGCAUGAGCAUGAGCACAGGGAGACCACGAGUGGCACGAAGCAUGGCAGCACGGGGGGAGGCACAGCACAAGCACCCAUCCCCAAGCACCGUCGCCACCACACCACAGCAGCAGCACCACCCCUCGCUCACGGCACCGCCCCAGACACCACCACUGCUGCUGGUUACCCACGCCGUGCGCCUGCUGCCGCCCUCGUGCCGCCCGUUAUUGAUGUCUCGGCUGCUGCCUCUCAUGUGGGCAUGGGGGCUGCUGGGGAUGCUGGUGGGGUGAUAGAUGGCAGCAGCCCUCCCAGUGCGAGCCUCAAGGCGAAUGCAGGCAUGCAUGGCAUUCGCGUGUGGCACCUGGGCGCGCCUGCUGCCGCCCUCGUGCCGCCCGUUAUUGAUGUCUCUUCUGUUGCGGCUGCUGCCCAUGUGGGUUUGGGGCAGUCUGGGGAUGCUGGUGGGGUGAUAGAGUUGGACAAGACGCGCAUGUUCGUGGUGGGCGCGGGGCUCUUCAGCGGGCUGACCGUUGCGCUCUACCCGCUCUCCGUCAUCAAGACGCGCCUCCAGGUCUCCCCGCUCCCGCUCUCCGCCGCCCAUGCCGCCCCCGCAUCCGCUCCCCCUUCCGCUCCCGCUCCCGCUUCCGCUGGCGCGGGCGCGCCCGCUGCUUCCGCAAGGCCUGCGGCGCAUGCAGCGGCCAAUGCGGGGCUGGCGGGAGCAGGAGGGGCGGCGGGAUCGGGGGGAACAGGAUUAUCCCGGGCGGUGGAGGCGGGGGGAGCGGAAGCCCGCGCUGGGGUAAACGGCGCAGGGGCAACAACGGCCACGACAAGACCAGGCGGAGAAGCGAGGGUAGCCGCAGGUGCGACGCCAGUAGCGCAGGGAGCUCCAGGAGCAACGGCAAGCGGAACAGCAGCUGCGGUGGGGGGGAGAUCCGCAGGAGGAGGGGCUUCCGCAGCAGCAGGUGAAACAGGUGGGGCAGGGGGAGGAGUCGGAGCAGGCGGGGCAGCAGCGCGAGCAGCGGGGGGGGGCAGGCGCCCAUCGUCAGUAACUCUAGCGGUGGGCAUGGCGCGGCACAUAGCGCGCACGGAGGGCGUGAGGGGGUUCUUCCGCGGCAUGGGCACCGUGGUGGCGGGGAUGCUCCCCGGGCGGAUCAUUUAUAUGGCCGUGCUGGAGGCGGUUAAGGCCAACACGCUUAAAGGGAUUAACGGGGCUGUUGUUGUGCCCGUGGACGUGGUGAGUGGGGGUGAGAGGGGUUGGGAAGGAGGGAGGGGAGGGGGAGUGUGGAGGAGGGAGAGGGUCUGUGGGAGUGGGGUGGGGGGGAAGGGGGGAGAAGGGGAGGGGUGUGGGGAGGGAGUGGGGGAGUGGGGGAGUGGGGGAGUGGUGGUCUGGGAUGAGGGACUGAUCAGCUCUCGUCUCGUGGCACAGCAGGGCGACCUGCCACCACACCACACCACCAGACCCACACCCGCUGCACCAGGAGUGCCGCUAUCAGCUUCCACACCAGCAGCGGCAGCAGGAGCAGCAAGAGCAGGGGCAGCAGCGGCAGGAGGAGGCGCAGGGGCAGCAGCAGUGCGGUACAAGAGGGGGAUUGACGCACUCGUGACGAUUCUGCGCACGGAGGGGCCGCGUGGGCUGUACCGCGGGUUUGGGCUGUCGGUGCUUACGUACGCUCCCUCAGGGUUCAUCUGGUGGGGCACCUAUGGCGCCACCCAACGCCUCUUCUGGAGUUCAUACGACCGGUUGUGGGCACCAGCAGGCAACACUGCAGCGCCCCCACUACCACUGGUGGUGGGAGUGCAGGUGGGAGGGGGCAUGUGCGCCGGGCUGGCGUCCGCCCUCGCCACCACCCCGCUGGACACCGUCAAGACGCGCAUCCAGGUGGGGCGCAGGAGUGGAGCUGCAGUGACAGUGGCAGUGGUGGUACGGCAGCUGGUGGAGCAGGACGGGGUGAGAGGGCUGUACCGUGGCUUCGCCCCUCGCUGUGCCAGCACCAUGCUCUGGGGCACUGCCAUGGUCUCCACCUACGAGUACCUCAGUACGUAA